CUGAUUUCCGCUUAUUGUAAAACACCACUUUUAUUACCGAGUUUAUGAUUUAAGCAUAGUUGUUAAAUAUAAGCCCUGUGAUUUCUUUUCUUCAGAUAUAAAGUACCGCCAGCCACAAACAACAGAGCAAUCUCAAAGCCAGAUGGAGAACACCGGUGUUCGACGCUCUGUGACGACAGGGGAGGGGCGUCAGUGGCGGGGUCUGAGGCAGAGGUGGGGCAUGCUGGGAUUGUUUGAGAUCAAACAGGAUCAUGAGUUUUACGACCUCCCUCAGUCUCUUGUUUGAACAGUUCAUGAUUGUACUUGCCAGAGAAGAUAAAUUGUUCCAGCGCACUCACACAACAUAUGUAUUCUCUCAAAUAUUGCACACUCUGCCUUUAUUUAUAUAUUUACUUGUGGUAACUAAGGUGUGUUUGUGCCAGAUGGAGAACACCGGUGUUCGACGCUCUGUGACGACAGGGGAGGGGCGUCAGUGGCGGGGUCUGAGGCAGAGGUGGGGCAUGCUGGGAUUGUUUGAGAUCAAACAGGAUCAUGAGUUUUACGACCUCCCUCAGUCUCUUGUUUGAACAGUUCAUGAUUGUACUUGCCAGAGAAGAUAAAUUGUUCCAGCGCACUCACACAACAUAUGUAUUCUCUCAAAUAUUGCACACUCUGCCUUUAUUUAUAUAUUUACUUGUGGUAACUAAGGUGUGUUUGUGCCAGAUGGAGAACACCGGUGUUCGACGCUCUGUGACGACAGGGGAGGGGCGUCAGUGGCGGGGUCUGAGGCAGAGGUGGGGCAUGCUGGGAUUGUUUGAGAUCAAACAGGAUCAUGAGUUUUACGACCUCCCUCAGUCUCUUGUUUGAACAGUUCAUGAUUGUACUUGCCAGAGAAGAUAAAUUGUUCCAGCGCACUCACACAACAUAUGUAUUCUCUCAAAUAUUGCACACUCUGCCUUUAUUUAUAUAUUUACUUGUGGUAACUAAGGUGUGUUUGUGCCAGAUGGAGAACACCGGUGUUCGACGCUCUGUGACGACAGGGGAGGGGCGUCAGUGGCGGGGUCUGAGGCAGAGGUGGGGCAUGCUGGGAUUGUUUGAGAUCAAACAGGAUCAUGAGUUUUACGACCUCCCUCAGUCUCUUGUUUGAACAGUUCAUGAUUGUACUUGCCAGAGAAGAUAAAUUGUUCCAGCGCACUCACACAACAUAUGUAUUCUCUCAAAUAUUGCACACUCUGCCUUUAUUUAUAUAUUUACUUGUGGUAACUAAGGUGUGUUUGUGCCAGAUGGAGAACACCGGUGUUCGACGCUCUGUGACGACAGGGGAGGGGCGUCAGUGGCGGGGUCUGAGGCAGAGGUGGGGCAUGCUGGGAUUGUUUGAGAUCAAACAGGAUCAUGAGUUUUACGACCUCCCUCAGUCUCUUGUUUGAACAGUUCAUGAUUGUACUUGCCAGAGAAGAUAAAUUGUUCCAGCGCACUCACACAACAUAUGUAUUCUCUCAAAUAUUGCACACUCUGCCUUUAUUUAUAUAUUUACUUGUGGUAACUAAGGUGUGUUUGUGCCAGAUGGAGAACACCGGUGUUCGACGCUCUGUGACGACAGGGGAGGGGCGUCAGUGGCGGGGUCUGAGGCAGAGGUGGGGCAUGCUGGGAUUGUUUGAGAUCAAACAGGAUCAUGAGUUUUACGACCUCACCUCUGUGAUGAAAGAAGGCCUGCAUGCUGCUGUACAGUCCAGUGUGGAUAAUCCACCACCUGAGGAACCUUUGAUGGAACAUUUCAAAUCAGAGGAGACUCAAAUCCACAAGGACUUUGAGAUGCAGACGUUCGCUGGGCCCGUGUUUGCCAGACUGCGUUGUUCCCUGGGGAUGACUGAGGAGGAGUAUCAGGCAUCCCUCUCAUCUGACGGCUGCUACCUACAGUUCAUCAGUAACUCCAAAAGCAAGGCGAACUUCUUUCUCACGAAUGAUAAGAGGUUCUUCUUGAAGACACAAAAUCAUCGAGAAGUGAUGUUUCUCCUGUCCAACCUGAAGGCAUACAUGGACCAUUUGGAGAAAUACCCUCAUUCACUGAUGGUUAGGUUCCUUGGAGUCCACAGCCUCCUUAUUCCAAAUCAAACAAAGAAGUACUUCAUUGUGAUGCAGAGUGUGUUCUACCCUGAUGAGAGGAUUCACACAAGAUAUGACAUCAAGGGUUGUGAGGUAGGCCGGUGGACCAACCAAAACUCUGGUGACAGCCAUGUGAUUACAGUCUUGAAGGACAACAACUUUGAUGGAAAGCACAUCACUUUGGAUGAGCAGAGAUCCUGGCUCAUGGAACAGGUGGAGCUAGACACCAACUUCCUUCGAAGGCUAAAUGUACUUGACUACAGUCUCCUUCUGGCCCAGCAACCUUUACACCAAGACAAGCUCGACGGAAAGCACUCCUUCCCCAACAUCAUAACAUGCGUUGUAAAAUCCAUGGACCAAGAGGACAGUCCUACUGAGACAGAUCCCCCCACUGUUCCAUUACCGGAGGAGCAAUCAGGCCAAAAGAUAGCAGGAACUGUAGAUGGUGCUUCAGAACAUGAAGAAACUACAGAGCAGCAUUGCAUAAAUGGAGUCCCUCUUGAGGAGAUAAACCUUCACUCAGCAACGUCCAGUCCAGAGUCCGAGCUUCAGGAAUUCCAUACCCGUCACCGCAGGUUGCUACCAGACUUCAAAAACUCAGUGCAUGUCAUCGAUGGGCCAGAGAUUCGCUACUUUGUUGGUAUUGUGGACAUUUUCACUGAGUAUAGUUGGAAGAAAAAGAUGGAGAACAUAUGGAAGAGGAUCCGCCACCCUGGCAGGGCUUUCUCAACAGUCAGCCCCAGUGCCUACUGCCAGAGAUUCUGUCAGUGGGUGCAAAACCACACCAGAUGACAGAAGGGCAAAGUAGACCAUAGAGACAAGUCAAAGACAGACAAAAGCAGCACAAUACAGAAAAAGAUUUCUAGGAAAGAACAACUUUGUUAAGACUGCAAAGAUAUUUAAAGGACAAGAGUGGUAUUUAGCAGUUUUGAAUGCUAGUAUGCGUUAUAAACGGGCUUUAUUUAUAGGCCACUGUAUAUUUACCAGAAUAAUCCAGUUUAAGUCAAAUGUACUCAAAUUUGUAGUAGGCCCAAUACAUUUGUAAAGACUGCUAAAUGUUUUUCAUAUGAACAGUAGAUGGCGCAUUAGCCCUGAAAAUAAAUGAUGUUGGCUUCGUAAUUCAAAAAUAUUUCGACGUUCUUCAGUUGUUUUAGUAAAAGUAAUAAUAUGCUUCA